AUGGGCACAACUUUUGAGGUUUGGGUGUAUGAUAACUCUCUUGGGAAGUCAGUGGGCUACAACUACCUUCUGAGGCGACUUCAGAACAUGUGGAAACCCGAAGGGCAUAUGGAGCUCAUCGAUCUGGAGGAGGAAUACUAUCUGGCAAAGUUUGAACUACAGAAAGAUUAUGACUAUGCCAAAUUCGAAGGGCCAUGGAUGGUUCUUGAUCACUAUGUGCUUGUGCAAGAAUGGAGGCCAAAUUUCGAUCCCCUGACGGACAAAACAGAAAAACUCCUGGUUUGGGUAAGGUUCCCCUCCCUUUCUAUUGAGUACUUUGAUGACGAUUUCUUGAGGAAAAUCGGAAACAAGGUGGGGAGGCCAAUCAAGAUUGACAAUACAACUAGCAUAGCAACAAGACGCAAAUUUGCUCGAAUCUGCGUGGAAGUUGACAUCUCCAAACCACUCCUAUCCAAAUUCACUGUGGAAGAUAAAGUUUGCCUGAUCGAAUACGAAGGGAUUCACAUGGUAUGCUUCAAGUGUGGAGUCUUCGGCCACAGGAAAGACAAUUGCGGACAGAGUAUGAGCACUGCUAACAGGGCAGAUGGGGAACAAGGGGAGGAUGCUAUGGCUACUAAUGCAACAAGGGAUAGGGAGGAACUACCCGCUCUUGUCAAGAAAACAUCAACGAGAGGAGACCUUACCAAGGAAAGCUAUGGGCAAUGGAUGUUAGUUACGAGAAAAGAAAAGAGACCAGCUAAGGAAAACCAGAAAAGACCCACCACACGAUAG